GGGCGAAUCGCACUUGCGAACGUUGCUUCUAACGGUCAUAUGUUCUGGAACGCCAUUGUACGGCAUGGUUAGCCGGGGCAACCUUGUGUUUGCUUCAUUCCGCGAGAGACUUCACCGCGGACGGACGUUCUUUUCAAGAGCUCCGCAGUCUCAGUGUUCCACACGGUUACGAUCCUGACCGACACUAUCCAACGAUGUCUGACAGUCACUCCGAGUUACCCGUGGUCGGCACAGCAUGCGCCAUCGCAGGUAGACUCGCUCACAGGCGCGACGCCUGGAGGAAGUUGUGCGAAAACCGGGCCAAGCGGCUGCCAGCGAUGGACGAAGCCGUGAAGCCCACCAUUCUCUUUCAGGAAGGACCCAGCCCAGCGGAGGAGGACAGCAGUGCCGUGGACAGCCCAGCAGAGACGGAGGAGUCGGAAUAUGCUUCAGCCCAGGACAACAGCCCAGCAGGGGAGGACAGCAGUGCCGUGUACAGCCCAGCAGAGAAGGGGGACAGCAGUGCCGUGAAUAGCCCAGCAGAGGACAGCAGUGCCGUGGACAGCCCAGCAGAGAUGGUCAGCAGUGCGGUUGACAGCCCAGCAGAGAAGGGGGACAGCAGUGCCGUGGACAGCCCAGCAGAGGAUAGCAGUGCCAUGGACAGCCAGGCAGAGGACAGCAGUGCCAUGGACAGCCCAGCAGAGGAGGAGACCAGCAGCGAGGAUGCUGACUACGAAGCAGAUGAUGAAGCAGAAGACAGCAGCGAGGGAGAAGAUGACUCCAGUGAGAAAGAAGAUGACACCACCCAGGAAGAAGAUGACACCAGCCAGGUAUUUUAA